AUGACGGAGAACGCCUACGGGCUGCUCACCACCGAGGCCUCCGCCGUCUGGGCCUGCGACUUCUGCCUGAAGACGAAGGAGAUCCAGUCGGUCUACGUCCGGGAGGGCAUGGGACAGGCAGGGUGGGUGUCCUGGCGUCCCCCUCAUUGUCCCCUCCUCCCCCUAGGUGGCAUCUACGACCCAGCGGAUGGCCCCGUGGAGAGCGUGCUGAGCCGGGACGUGGCGCCCGGGGAGCAGGAGUCACCGCUGCUCGCCGACGGCAAUGACGGGCAGCAGAAGCCCCCGCCGUCGGACAGCGGGGACCCCCAGAGCGUGCAGUCCGUGAGCCUCCUCCUGGACAAGCUGGCCAAGGAGAAACAGGAGAUCCGGCUCAUGCAGGCCGAGCUGCAGGUGGGUGAGCGUGGCCGUGCCCGGGGAAACCGGCUCUUCGAGAAGAGGAAGCGCCUCAGCGACUACGCGCUCAUCUUCGGCAUGUUCGGCAUCGUCGUCAUGGUCAUCGAGACCGAGCUCUCCUGGGGGCUCUACUCCAAGAGGAGCGAGGCUGAAGGCAGCCCGGUGCACCGGGGAGCGAAGGAUUGGUGCAGCGUGCCGGGAGCGUGCCGGGUCUCGGUGUGCCACGAGCGCAUCCUCUACAUCAGCCUGGAGAUGCUGGUUUGUGCCAUACACCCCAUCCCCGGGGAGUACAAAUUUUUCUGGACAGCCCGCUUGGCUUUCUCCUACACGCCUUCCCGGGCGGAGGCGGACGUGGACAUCAUCCUGUCCAUCCCCAUGUUCCUGCGGCUCUACCUGAUCGCGCGGGUGAUGCUGCUGCACAGCAAGCUCUUCACCGACGCCUCGUCGCGCAGCAUCGGGGCGCUCAACAAGAUCAACUUCAACACCCGCUUCGUCAUGAAGACCCUCAUGACCAUCUGCCCCGGGACGGUGCUGCUGGUCUUCAGCAUUUCCCUCUGGAUCAUCGCCGCGUGGACGGUCCGGGUGUGCGAGAGCAUCGGUGCAGGGUGGGAUGGGGAUGCGGGCGCACCCGGGGCCAAGACGCAGCUCUGCCUGCCCCCGCUCCUGGCUGCGCCGCCCGUGAUCCCUCACGAAGGCGCAGGAUUCCGUGUGGGAGCGGAGCCGAGCGCCUGGCUCCAGCUGGGGCAAGUCAAGUGCUCACGGCAGAGCCAGAGCCGUGUCUCCGUGAAAUCCCCCAUCGCCGUGCGCCGGCCCGCCGGGGCUGGUGACCUGCAGCCAACUCUCCUCUUGCAGAUCAAGAACGCGGCGGCCAACGUCCUGCGGGAAACGUGGCUCAUCUAUAAGCACACCAAGCUGCUGAAGAAGAUUGACCACGCCAAAGUCAGGAAGCAUCAGAGGAAAUUCCUACAAGCCAUUCACCAGUAA